GCAAUAUUAAGUUUGGAAUUCAAUCUUAUAAAACUGCAGAUGACAUUUGCCCAAUUGCUUUCAGUCAGGAAAAUCUUUGUGACAGUUCAAAAAACUUUGAAGCAGAAGAUAAUAUGUCUUUUGAAUUAGAAGAU